UUUAAUAAAGGCGUCCUCUACUCAAAAGUUUCAAACUUUUUGAUAAGAAAAAAUGGAGUUACAAGCUCUGUAUGUUUGGCUAGUUCGACCACUCAGAACUUUGAUAGUCAGAACACAAAUACUUCUUCAUUCAGUAGCUCUUGUGUUGUUAAUUUACUACAGAAUUUCAUUUUUCUUCCACAACCCACAAACGGGAGGCGUUCCCGCUUUCCCAUGGCUUCUGGUUUUUGCUUCUGAGUUGCUACUCGCUUUCAUUUGGCUCCUUGGUCGGGCCUAUCGAUGGCCCCACGUUCCCACAGCGACGGCGGAGGCGGAGGCGGAGACGGAGGACGAGGGGCUUCCGGCCAUCGAUGUGUUUAUCUGCACGGCGGAUCCGGAGAAGGAGCCGACGCUGGAAGUCAUGAACACUUUGGUCUCCGCCAUGGCCUUGGACUACCCGCCGGAGAAGCUCCACGUGUACUUUUCCGACGACGGCGGAUUCCCUGCGACUUUACACGGUAUCAGAGAAGCGCGACGAUUUGCACAGUGGUGGGUCCCCUUCUGCCGAAAGUACAAAAUCACGCAACCGUGCCCGGAGGCUUAUUUCUCGGCUGCCGGAGAAUAUUUCCGCCGUGAUAUCCCGGCCGAUCAAUUUCUGGAGCAGCAGUUGAUUAUGGAAAAAUACGAGGAGUUUAAGGAGGGCGUUAGGAGUGGAACAAAAAGGUGGGCCGGAGACACCGCCACAAAUUCUCGCACUAAUCACCCUGCACUUAUCCAGGUAAUAGACAACGAUGAUGGUGCAGAAGAAUUGAAGAAUGAAAGUCAAACGAUAAUGCCUCUUCUUGUGUAUGUAUGCCGUGAGAAGAAGGCUUCCCACCCCCACAAUUUCAAGGCUGGAGCCCUUAAUGUCCUCCUUCGGGUGUCGGGUGCGAUGAGCAACUCAGCAUACAUUCUAGUGCUGGACUGCGACAUGUACUGUAAUGACUCGACUUCAGCCCGCCGUGCGAUGCGGCUCCAUCUUAGCCCCCACUUCUCCCCCUCUCUUUCUUUCGUUCAGUUCCCUCAGAAGUUCUACAAUGUCACCAAAAACGACAUCUAUGACAGCCAGAUCAGAUCUAUCUUCACGAUUGAAUGGACGGGCAUGAACGGCCUCCGGGGCCCGAUUCUCUCAGGCACUUGCUUUUACAUAAAGAGGCUCUCCUUGUAUGGAACUUCCCCACAUGAUAAUGAUCCUUUAAACCACCGAGAAGAUUUCGGUGCAUAUUCUGACGAGUUCGUCCAAUCUCUGGGGUCAAGCUGGAAGGUCAAUGGGAUUAAUGGAAGGGAUUUUGUGGCUCAAUCGUUUCUGGCUUCAUGCACUUACGAAACAGGAACACAAUGGGGUCAAAAGGUUGGAUUUCUUUACGAUUCGGUGGUGGAGGAUUUCCUGACGAGUCUGGUUUUACAUGGCAAAGGGUGGACAUCCGUGUACUGCAAUCCUGAGAGCGCGCAGUUCUUGGGGAGUGGGACAGCAAGGCUGAACGAGGCGUUGGUUCAAGGCACCAGAUGGAGCUCCGGGCUGCUGGAAGUGGCCAUCUCCAGGUUCUGCCCUCUGCUCUACGGCUGCCGGAGAAUGUCUGUGCUGCAGAGCAUGUGUUAUUCUGAACUUGCCUUUUUACCUCUUUAUUCCUUCUCUUUGUACUGCUUUUCUACCGUCCCUCAGCUCUGUUUGCUCAAUGGAGUUCCUAUUUACCCCAAGGUUUCUAGUCCAUUCUUCCUCGUAUAUUGCUUCAUCUUCAUCUCAUCAUUAUCCAUUCACCUGCACGAGGUCCUAAUUUCUGGAGGUACACUUAAAAAAUGGCUAAACGAACAUCGGAUGUGGAUGAUCAAGGGAAUCACGGGCCGUUUUUAUGGAAGUUUGGAUGCUUUGAUGCAGAAAAUUGGGUUGAGAAAUGCCAGCUUUGUGGCCACAAACAAAGUGGUGGAUGACGACCAAAUCAAGAGGUACAAUAUGGACAUGUAUGAUUUCCAAGCUUCGACCUUGUUUCUUGCUCCAAUGGCGGGCCUCGUCUUCUUGAACCUCGUCUCCUUCACCAUCGGAAUCGGCAGAAUCGUGCGUCUCGGCAGUUGGGAGGAGAUGUUUGUGCAGGUUUUCCUUUGCUUCUAUAUCUUGCUGGUGAAUUUCCCAAUCAUUGAGGGCAUGGUUAUAAGAUCUGAUAAAGGUUGCUUCCCAUUUAAAGUCACUUUAGGAUCGGCUUUGGCUGUAUUGAUAAUUUCGUACUAGACUCAAUUCUAGUUAUGUUUAAGUAAUGAAUUACAGUUGUUUAGAAUCUAGUUCAAAGGAUUGCAUUUGUUGACAUGUUUAGUAAUGAAUUGGAGUAUAUGGUGGAGUCUAGUUCAAAGUAUUGUAUUUUUUAACAUGUGUAUAUCAUAAAAUUGUAUUACAUACUUGUGGGACUCAAGAAUUGAGAAAACUGA